AUGGAAGUGCAAGUUUGUCCCAUGCAACAAGUUGUAACUGUGAAGGCCCAGCCUAGCAUAACGCUUGAUCAAGGCACCAUCUUCACUAGGCCACUCGUCUCCGUCACAGACGAAGUGAGAAAGUUUAAAUCCACCAUCACGGUAACCAUCGAUUUCCUCCUCCUUCGUAUCUUCCCAUCGGCGAAUCAUCUUCUUGGAAUAGUUAUCACUUCGGCGAACCAUCUUAUUUCGGGUUUCUUGAUUUGUCCUUUGUUAAUGAAAAAUACAUACACACCUAUUUAUAGAGGUGUGUGA